UGUCAAAGCGGAACUGCGGCGUUGAAUUGUGGGGCGGUAAUGGCGUCCUCCUGUGCGCGUUUUUGUUUCGUGUUUUUUCUGUAAUUAUUUUUAUGCUUUUAAUCUGAUUGCAGUAAUGUGUUCAACACAGAUACCUCAGUAAAAGCGUACUUGAACAGAUCACUCUGCAGUGUCUCUGGUGAGAUGGAGGACGACGACACGUCCCUGCACAGAUUAGAGGGAACUGGAGGCUCACAGGUCGGAGGACUAAUCGUGAAGAAGAAGAGUGCUUCAGAGGAGCAGCAUGUGUUUCGAGCGCCGGCCCCUCGCACCUCUUUGCUCGGCCUCGAUCUCCUCGCUGCUCAGAAACGCAAAGAGCGGGAAGGGAAGGAGCAGCUGAACUCGGACAGCGAUGACCGAACUUCAAAAAAAUCCAAGGUGUUGUCUUACAGAGACUGGGAGGAGGCCAAGAGCGACUCCGACUCUGAUGAGGAUGAUGAGGGUGAAGACCGGAGUAACGGGAAGAAGGAGAGCAGGCGUUACCGUACAUCAGGGGCAGAAACUCCAUCAAACCCCGGCGGUGUAAGUGAAGAAUUCAGAAAGAGACAUCAGCAGAGGGAGAAAGACCGGCGAGAGCAGGGAGUUUACGCUUCAUCUAAAGAGGACAAAACCAGAGACAAGGACAAGGAGAGAUCCAGAGACCGAAACCGAGAGAGAGACAGAGAGCGCAGGAGUGAUCGAGAUGAGCGAGAUCGCAAUCGGGGGUCCAGCAGCAGUCGCUCUGAGCACUUGGAUAGCAGUGUGAGGAGCGAGCGCUCACAGAAAGAUGGCUGGUCCGAGCGCCUCAGCCGCGGAAGUCGCAGGGACGAACCUCAGUCUCCCCGCAGUCGACCCAAAGACGCUCUCACGCCGUCUGCCUCCAGUUGGGACGAAGACGACAGUGGCUACUCUAGCUCGCGCCGUUCCCACUGGGAGAGCCCAUCUCGCCCGUCUCACCGCGAGAGCGAUCGCUCCGAGCGCAGCUCACGCUCAGGCCGAGAGAGCGAACGGAGAGACAAGUCUGUAAGAGCUCGUUAUCCAGAGGACACGCCCCUUCCCACGCCAUCAUACAAAUACAAUGAGUGGGCCAACGACAGAAAGCACUUGGGCUCCACGCCUCGUCUAUCCAGAGGGAAAGGUAAAAAGGAGGACGGAGAGGAUGGCAUCAGCUUUGACAAUGAGGACGAGAAGGAUCAGUGGGAAGAAGACCAGAGGCAAGCGGACAGAGACUGGUACAUGAUGGAUGAGGGCUAUGACGAGUUCCACAACCCUCUGACUUCCAGCUCAGAAGAUUAUGUGAAGAAGAGAGAGCAGAUUUUGCAGAAGCAGACCCAGAAACGUAUUUCUGCGCAAAAACGACAGAUCAAUGAGGACAAUGAACGCUGGGAGACGAACCGCAUGUUGACUAGUGGCGUGGUGCAGCGGUUGGAAGUGGACGAGGACUUUGAAGAAGACAACGCAGCAAGGGUCCACCUGCUCGUCCACAAUCUUGUCCCUCCUUUCUUAGAUGGCAGAAUCGUCUUCACCAAACAGCCCGAGCCGGUCAUUCCGGUGAAAGAUCCCACUUCCGACAUGGCCAUCAUCUCCCGCAAAGGCAGCCAGCUGGUGCGCAAACACAGAGAGCAGAAGGAGCGCAAAAAGGCACAGCACAAACACUGGGAGCUCGCUGGGACCAAACUGGGAGACAUUAUGGGCAUCAAGAAGGAGGAAGACAGCGCUAAUGCUAAACCUGUUGCAGAGGAUGGGACUGUGGACUACAAGACUGAGCAGAAGUUUGCUGAACACAUGAAGGAGAAGAAUGAAGCCAGCAGUGAGUUUGCUAAGAGAAAGACUCUUCUGGAACAGAGACAGUAUCUCCCUAUCUUCGCAGUUCGCCAGCAGCUGCUCAACAUUAUCAGAGACAACAGUAUUGUGAUAGUAGUGGGCGAGACUGGCAGCGGGAAGACCACGCAGCUCACGCAGUACUUGCACGAGGAUGGCUAUACCAGCUAUGGGAUGGUGGGAUGCACACAACCACGCAGAGUGGCAGCCAUGAGUGUAGCGAAGAGAGUGAGCGAGGAGAUGAGCAGCAACCUCGGAGAGGAGGUCGGUUAUGCAAUCCGUUUUGAGGACUGCACGUCGGAGAAGACGAUAAUUAAGUACAUGACUGAUGGUAUCCUGCUGCGAGAGUCUCUGCGCGAGUCUGAUCUGGACCACUACAGUGCCGUCAUCAUGGACGAAGCCCACGAGCGAUCGCUGAACACGGACGUGCUGUUCGGCCUGCUCCGUGAGGUGGUGUCCAGACGCUCCGAUUUAAAGCUUAUCGUCACAUCGGCUACCAUGGACUCGGACAAAUUUGCGGCGUUCUUUGGAAAUGUUCCUAUUUUUCACAUUCCAGGAAGGACAUUCCCUGUGGACAUUAUGUUUAGUAAGACUCCUCAGGAGGAUUAUGUGGAAGCUGCAGUGAAGCAGGCCCUGCAGAUCCACCUCAGUGGCAUGACAGGAGAUAUUCUUAUCUUCAUGCCUGGGCAGGAGGACAUCGAGGUGACUUCAGAUCAGAUCGUGGAGCGAUUGGAGGAGCUGGAGAAUGCUCCUGCUCUGGCAGUCCUGCCCAUCUACUCCCAGCUGCCCUCAGACCUACAAGCCAAGAUCUUCCAGAAGGCUCCAGACGGAGUAAGGAAGUGCAUCGUGGCCACCAACAUCGCUGAGACGUCUCUGACUGUAGACGGCAUCAUGUUCGUAGUGGAUUCUGGAUAUUGCAAACUCAAGGUGUUCAACCCACGUAUAGGUAUGGAUGCACUGCAGGUCUACCCCAUUAGCCAGGCUAAUGCUAACCAGCGAUCAGGCCGAGCUGGGAGAACUGGGCCAGGCCAGUGUUACAGGUUAUACACUCAGAGCGCCUACAAGAACGAGAUGUUGACCACCACCAUCCCUGAGAUCCAGCGCACAAACCUGGCUAAUGUGGUGCUGCUGCUGAAGUCUCUGGGUGUGCAGGACUUGCUGCUCUUCCACUUCAUGGAUCCUCCUCCUGAAGACAACAUGCUGAACUCCAUGUACCAGCUGUGGAUCCUCGGUGCUCUGGACAACACUGGUGCUCUGACAACGACAGGUCGGCUCAUGGUGGAGUUUCCUUUAGACCCAGCUCUGUCCAAGAUGCUGAUCGUGUCGUGUGACAUGGGCUGCAGUGCCGACAUCCUCAUCAUCGUCUCCAUGCUGUCGGUGCCGACCAUCUUCUACAGACCCAAGGGCCGAGAGGAGGAGAGUGACCAGGUGAGGGAGAAGUUCGCUGUACCCGAGAGUGAUCACCUGACCUACCUCAAUGUCUACCUGCAGUGGAAGAACAACAACUAUUCCAGCAUCUGGUGCAACGAGCACUUCAUCCACACCAAGGCCAUGCGCAAGGUACGGGAGGUGCGAGCUCAGCUAAAAGACAUCAUGGUGCAGCAGAAGAUUAACUUGGUCUCCUGUGGCUCAGACUGGGACAUAAUCAGGAAGUGCAUCUGUGCUGCGUAUUUCCACCAGGCGGCGAAGCUGAAGGGCAUUGGUGAGUAUGUGAACGUACGAACAGGGAUGCCGUGUCACCUCCACCCUACCAGCUCUCUCUUCGGCAUGGGCUACACCCCUGACUACAUCACUUACCACGAGCUGGUCAUGACCACCAAGGAGUACAUGCAGUGUGUGACUGCGGUGGAUGGAGAGUGGCUAGCUGAGCUCGGCCCCAUGUUCUACAGCAUCAAACACGCAGGAAAGAGUCGACAGGAGAAUCGUCGGAGAGCAAAAGAGGAGAUCUCCAACAUGGAGGAGGAGAUGUCUCUGGCUGAACAGCAGCUGCGAGCGAGGCGAGAUGAACAGGAGAAGAGGAACACUCUGGGCAGCUCAAGGUCUGUAAAGAUCUGCACCCCAGGCAGGAGGGAGGACGUGCCCAUGACUCCAAAGCGAACCCCUGCGCGUUUCGGCCUUUAGAUCAUGCCGAGCUUCAUACCACUUGUGACGUCCUGCUGUUUCCAGAGCUGGUGAAUGUGCAUUUCCCAACAUGCACCAGCAGUAGGAGCACUUGCACAAGAGAAGAGGAAGAGAAGGUAGUGUUGGGAGUAGUGGACUCAUGGCAUGGUACACAUUUCAUUCAUGUGUGAGCCUUUAGGUCGUGUCUAUUACUGUCCGUUUGUUGUUUUGUUUUUUUAACUUGUUUGCAUACAUGGAUUAAAAAAAGAGGAGUUUUAUUUCUUGUGUUAUUUGCUUUACUUUUUUAUUAAUGUUUAUCUCAGUGCUGUAUAUGAACACCGAGCUUUGUUUUUCCAGUGCUGCAUGGCAGAAAUCCUCAAACUGAAUAUUCAAUAGUUUCAUGUUGUGAGAAAUAUCCAGUGUUGUCAAUAUGCUAAACAUUAAACAUUUUAAAUCAG